AUGUUCUUAUCAUCACACUUGUCCUUCCUUGUUCAAUUUUACUUUUUCUUUGCUUUUGGAGCAGCAGAGAAUUGUUUCCUUGUUGUUAUGGGCUAUGAUCGUUAUGCCGCAAUCUGCCGGCCCUUACACUAUACCAUGUUAAUGACCAAAAGGACUACCUUGGGGCUGGCACUUGCCCCAUGGAUAGUUGGGUUUAUAACAGCUGCCUGCCCCACUAUCUGGAUAUCCACCAUUAGCUUCUGUUUCCCAAAUUACAUCGACCACUUCUUUUGUGAUUACUCACCCCUUCUGAAGCUGUCUUGUGAAGAUACCUCAAGAGGAGAGUUCACGUUCUCCGUGAUAUCCUGGAGUUUAACCCUUGGUUGCUUUUGUCUCAUCAUGGUCUCUUACACUUUUAUCAUUUUCGCCGUUCUGAAGAUUCCAUCUGUUGAAGGCCAGAAGAAGGCUUUCAGCACUUGUGCUUCCCACCUCACAGUGGUAUUGAUCUUUAACGGGACCAUCAUAUUCAUGUACAUACGCCCCAAUUCUCACAUCAGGUUCACUCUUGAUAAGGUGGUGUCCAUCUUCUAUUGUGUGGUGACCCCUCUAAUGAACCCUAUGAUCUACUGCCUGAGGAACAAAGAGGUGAAAGAGGCCCUUAGAAAGGUUUUCAUGAGCCAAAGGAUCACAGCACGAGGAGGGUGA